CUGCCUUUGACACUUUCCUGUCCCUAGGAAACGUCCCUGAGACUCUUUGAUUCUUUACAAGAAGCGUCUUUGAGGCUCUUCGUCUCUCUUAAAAGGGGCCGUUCUCUCCCCUCUCUCUGUGAAAGCCCCAUCGCCACUACUACUCCCUCUGCCUCGGUUAGCCCUCUGGUGUUGCGCGACCCAAAAUCUGGUUUUAUGACAAGAGGCAUGGAUCAUAAUAGCCGAGAAAAACUCAUGAAAAUGCCAUUUUUAGCUCAAGAUCUCAUUGUGAAGAUACUAGUCAGAUUGCCUAUCAACUCCCUUCUUCGAUUCAGAUGUGUAUGCAAGUCUUGGCGCAACCUCACCUUCAACCCAAAUUUCAUCCAAGAAUACCACCUUCUACAUUUGUCAAAGUAUAGCUUUUUCCUGCGAGAUUAUGACUUCUCACAGAAUUGCUAUCGAAAUUUUUUCGCAUGGGAUGAUCACCCUUCCCAAAUGAUGCUGGAAACCUUGGAUUUUCCUCCGCGAGACCUGUCUAUCAAAGCCGCCUCAGCUGGUCUUUUGUGCUGCGAACUUGAGGAUGAAAAUCCGCAAUGGUUUGUUUGCAACCCCGCAACUCGAGAAAUAGUCGAGCUUCCAAGUGCUGACACUGAGUAUGAAACAUAUACCAUGGUAAUGUUUGCACAACUUUCUAAGCCUUGCAAUUUCAAAGUCAUGCGCUUGUGUCCACAUGUCCCUACUUAUCCAGACUGGAAUUGCCAAGUAUUUGACUCUCGCUGUUGGGCUUGGACAGCGCUUAAGGAUAUAAUCCUCGACCCUGGCUUCGUUAUAGAGGAUAAGUGUAGUGCUUUUGUUAAUGGGGCCUUUCACUGGACAGUUUGGCAUGCUGUUGAGCCAAACUUUUUUAUCUUGGCCAUCCAUAUUAAUGAUGACAAUUCUAUCGAGUUAACCGAAUUACCACAACCAGUUGCUGCUGCGGCUACCAUUGCAGAGAGUGAAGGUUGUCUUUCUUUAGUCAACCACUCAGUUGAUACAGUCGAUGUAUGGGUUUUGAAUGAUUAUCAUAGCAGGGUUUGGGCCAAGAAAUAUGUGGUGAACUUGGGAGAAUUUAUAGAGGCUCCUCUGGAUCAGGUCCAUAUAAUGGCUUUCCUUGGUGAGAUCUUGGUAAUCGAGAAAUCAGGGGAACUUUUCAUGUAUUAUGUCAAAAGUGGAAGAUUGUCAAAGGUUGCAGUUGAGAAUGCCGUGGAGCAUACAGGAAUCAAAGUUUUCCAAUAUGAGAGUACUUUACUCCCUUGUAAGAAUAUUGUUUGAUCAAAUUAGUUUGGCAAUUAUAUUAUGUUUUCAUGUCUGGAAAACGUUGGAUUAAGUCUUAACUGCCCCUGUUACUGGUACACUAUAUUGAAUUGCUAACCAGGAUUUCCUCUCCGGUUUCUGCUGAUCCCUGGGCUGCUAAUCAAGAGUGAAAUUGAAGAAGUCAACCCUAACGACUUUCUGAGACUGUGAACAGUGUGGGUAUGUACAGAUAUCUACAUUGUAAUUCAACUGUUGACGGUGUUUCUGCGAUGAUGGGGGUUCCUUGAUUGACACUGGGAGAACAAAAUGUUGGUUCUGUUGUUGAGUUGGUUGAGCCUCGUGACUGAUUGUGGUGUCUGUCUCUUUAAGAGUGCGAGAUGUAUCAUUAUAGGUAUAAAUGUGUUUGGCUUCACAUGGAUCUGUGGAUGUAAAAGUUCUUCAUGUUCCUUCAUGGGUCAAUAGUAAUGUAUUUGAUGGGCAUUAGUUGCUGUUAAAAA